GCACAGGAAGAUUGCGAGGGAGUCAGUUUUGCGGCACAGGAUCAUGGACUCCAAGCCGCUGCUCACUGCUCUCUCGAUCUUCUUCCUGGUUUCUACAGCACUCCUUGCAAAUGCCGAUGCCAAGAAGCCGGGUGGCCACCACAAAUAUGGCAGAGGCGGGAGCCAAGGAUCAUGGCAAUGGGGAGCCCACGCGACUUACUACGGUGGGAGCGACGCAUCUGGGACAAACAAUGGAGCUUGCGGCUAUGGAAACCAGCUGAGCGCCGGCUAUGGAACCAUCACCACUGCUCUAAGCACCCCUCUCUUCCGCGGGGGCAAUGUGUGUGGAGCCUGCUACCAAGUCCGGUGCUGGGGCGAUCCAGCGUGCCUCCCGGGAAAUCCCUCCGUCGUCGUCACCGCCACCAAUCUCUGCCCACCGGGGAGCAAUGGCGGCUGGUGUGAUCCGCCCAAGCCCCACUUUGAUCUCUCGCAGCCGGCAUUUUCUCGCAUCGCCAGGAUCCCCAACGGCCACGCCCAGAUCCAGUACCGAAGGGUCAAGUGCCAGCGGCAGGGAGGGAUUCGCUUCACGAUCAAUGGCCACACUUACUUCAAUCUGGUGCUCGUCACGAACGUGGGCGGCAUGGGCGACGUCGUGGGCGUGUCGAUCAAGGGAUCUAGCAGCGGCUGGCGAUCCAUGAGCCGGAACUGGGGCCAGAACUGGGAGGAGGGAAGCAAUCUCAAUGGCCAGGCGCUCUCCUUCCGCGUCACCACCAGCGAUGGCAGGACCGUCACCGCCUACAAUGUCGCGCCCGGGGACUGGCAAUUCGGGAGAACUUACACUGGCAACACCGCCUCGCAGUACUACUGAUCGAUCCCAAAGCUCUCGAUUGAUCGAUCGAGAGAUAGAGCUUAUAUCCCCUGUUUUUUUUUGUUUGAGCUGAGCUGAGCUGAGGUGAAAAUUUCUUCUCUCACCCGCUGCUCUACAAGAUCUUAAUCUCUACUAUGAUAGAAUG